GUGAAGUGAUGAGUCAGUGUUUAAAAAGCAAAAAAAACAAAAACGGCCAACAAAUAGCAAAAUCUUCCGGGAUAAUUUGUGAAUGAAUAUAUCUGUCUGUCUUUCAUUGCGGGAAACCAGUUUAGUAUACUGUUUUCAAAAGGAUAUCUCCAGUUAUACCUCGAGACGAGUGGAAAUGUCUGCCAUCUCACUUACGGUGUUAGUACUUGUGUCGAUCCUGGUAGUGGAGAAGGCAACCUCGUGUAAUCCCCCUUCCUGGCGGACAGAUGGAUGCAGUAUCCCCUAUGGCUUACCUUACUUCUACAAAGAGAAUUUCAGACCAGAUUGUGACAAACAUGAUGUAUGCUAUGCCUGUGGUGCAAGAUUUGGACGAAGCAGGAGCUACUGUGACCGUGUAUUUUACCAAAAUAUCUUAUCACGCUGCAACACAGACACAAGCGUAAAGAACACUGGUUUUUGCCGUGAUGUUGCAUUUGACUAUUAUCUCGGCGUUCGGCUAGGCGGUAGGUCACACUACGAAAAUCCGUCUCUAGACUGGUGCGGAGAGAGUUGGGUCCGAAGCUGCUUAUAAGGACAUUUUCUGAAGAUAAACUAUAUCCUAAAUUUUGUUUCAUGUGUACGGCUUUUCUGUGAUUAAUUCAAACUAAAUGAUCACAAAUCCGAUAAGUGUUUUAUUAAAAAAAAUUUAAGUUCAAACAAGCAGUACUAAUUCUCAUACACUAAUUACGAAACAAAUAUGCUGUACCAAAAUUGUGUUAAAGCUUAUUCCUAUGACAUUCUUAGCACUUGUUAAAGAUUAAAAAAAUAUUUCCUUAGCAGUUCCUUCUUUUACCUAAAGACCUUCGAUAAUUGUACAUUGGUGUAUCUAGAAAUAAAAUCUUAUAUUAGAAGUUCA